AUGGACUUCCAAUCGAUGAUGCAGCAAGCGCGCAUGGGCGGUGGACCCGGAGCAGGAUCCGCCCCCGGCGACGCACCUCAAAACGACAACGCCGAGAUGGUCUACAUCUCCUCGCUCGCGCUCAUCAAGAUGCUCAAACACGGUCGCGCAGGUGUCCCCAUGGAGGUGAUGGGGCUCAUGCUCGGCUCCUUCAUCGACGACUACACCGUUUCGGUGAUCGACGUCUUCGCCAUGCCACAAUCCGGAACGGGCGUAUCGGUCGAAGCCGUCGACCCCGUGUUCCAGACCAAGAUGCUCGACAUGCUCAAGCAGACCGGUCGUCCCGAGAUGGUGGUGGGAUGGUACCACUCGCAUCCGGGCUUCGGAUGUUGGUUGAGUAACGUCGACAUCAACACGCAGCAGUCGUUCGAGCAGCUCAACCCGCGCGCCGUCGCCGUCGUCGUCGACCCCAUCCAGUCCGUCAAAGGCAAAGUUGUCAUCGACGCCUUCCGUCUCAUCAACCCUUCCACCGUCAUGCUCGGCCAAGAACCCAGGCAGACGACGUCCAACAUUGGCCACCUCAACAAACCCUCGAUCCAAUCGCUCAUCCACGGCUUGAAUCGUCACUACUACUCGAUCGCCAUCGGCUACCGAAAGACGGAGCUGGAACAGAGCAUGCUCAACAACCUGCACAAGAGGAACUGGACCGAAGGCUUGAGGUUGCGGGACUUUGGCGAGCACAAGGAGAACAACAGGAGGGCGAUCGAGAGGAUGCUUUCGCUGUCCGAGGCGUACAACAAGUCGGUGGUCGAGGAGAGCACCUUGACGCAGGAGCAGUUGAAGACGAGACAUGUGGGCAAGCAGGAUCCCAAGAGACAUUUGGAGGAUGCGGUCGAGCAGACGAUGGGUGAUCAGAUUGUUCAGAGUUUGGGCACCAUGUUGUUGGCAGAGCUGUGA